UUUUUUUUGAGUAAUUCUUCUAAUUUUCUUAUUUAAAAUAAAGCUCUUUAUACCCAAAGUUGCAGUAGAACCAAAAAAGAUUCAAAUUCUGUCCGUUACAAAGAAAACCCAAACUUUUCCCUCUAUAGUCUCUACUCAACGAUUCCACAAACUAGGGUUUCAAUUUCUCAUAUUCAACCAAAUUUCAGUUAACCUUUUUCAUUUAUCUUAAUUCUCCUCUCAAAUUCCCUAAAAUUCUCACAAAACCCACAAUUUAAUUUCUCCUAUAUCCUCCUCAGAAUUAGCUAUGAAUCUCUUAAACCCUCAAACCUCCAAUUCCUCUUCAACAGAAUCUUACCAAACCAUGUUACAAGAAUCAAUUAAUAUUUUCUUAUCCCAACACCAAUCUGGAAUUUCUGAUUUUUCUCACUUCAAUUUGAUGUUUUCUCGCAUAAUUCAUACAAUGCCUUCCCCACCGAUUGAACUAAUUUGGUUUCACUCGGCUGUAAAUUAUCAUACCCACAAAAACAUUACUACCCAAGAUGUUAAUUUAGGAAGAAUUUUCACUCUUAAAGAACUUUUUCAUUCAUUAAAUUCUUGCUCUGGUCCAUGUUGUAGUAGUCUUAAAAAAGUUGCUGUAUUAGCCCCAUUAACUUUUGAGUUGUAUAAUUUAGUUUCUGACUUAAUAUCAAACACUAAAUCAAGCUUAGAUGAAGUUAUUAAAGUAGAAAUUGGUUGUUUUAUGGAGGGUUUAGUGAGUUUUAUUAGUUUGUGUUGUUGUGAGGCAGUAGAUGACCAUGAUGAUGCUCUUGUGUUUACGCCUUGUUUUGUUGAUUUGGUUAAAGUUUGGACAAUUCAAAAACGGGAGAGUCGGUUUGCAUUUGAGGAUGAUGUUAAGAUGUUUUUCCCAGUUAUCAGUGGUGAAGUUCACAAUGAGCUUUUGAUGGGUGGUAGGGUUGGUCUCUUAGCUGGGAUUGUAAUGUACCAGACAUUUUUGCUGUAUCUUUGCUUGAAGUUUGUUUGGGAGGAUUCACAGGAAAAGCUGAAAGCAGAUGUUCUGAGCUUGGUUGUAAGUACCAAUAGUGGAUUCAGGAGUUGUUACUUCUUUGACAUUCUUCUCAAGAUGCUGUUGGAAUCCAGUUUGCCCGUUUUAUCUCUACUGACUGCGGUUGAUGAGGUUCUUUUGCGAGAAGCCAUUUUUGAUGCUAUCAUCUUAGAAGAUUUAUUUGAUCGAGGAUGUGGAAUUCGCCUUUGUAGCCAUCACUCGAACAUACUUGCUUCAACAUGGUUGUUUGUCGCAGACAAGGCGAUGCAAUUUGUUCGGUGUAAUGGCGAUCAUGAUAGACUCGUCUUUUACAUGAAAGCUUUCUCGAAAUCGUUCAUACUCUCUCAGUUAUUGAAGUGGGUCUCUACACAAAUCGUUGCGCUAGAGAAUGCAAAUAAAAUUAAUUUCUCAACUCCAACUGCUUUUAUGGAAUGGCUAUUACAGGUUACGAGUCAAGCCUCGAGAUGCUUUAUUAGUGAUGAGUUCUCGAUGCUUCUUGAAAAAGCCAUGAAUUACUUGUCCGACAUGAAAAGAGCGCUACCAUGCUUGGAGCCAAACGAUAACCAUGUCAUCUUUGACCACAAAGAGUGCAGAGACGAGGAUCAUGAGAUGAUUGAUUCUACAGAGGGUGCUAAAACAAGUUGUGACUCGAACUUUGCAGGCGCAUGUAGAAAGCGUAAAGGAGAAAAAGAUGAAGGUGACUUACGAGUGAAACUUUUUAAGUACCAAAUCCAUGAUAGUCCGAUAAAGAAUAUUUUGCCUUUCCAAAAUGAAGUUGGUCUGAUCAGACGAAGCUACGCCUUUCCAAAAAUAGACACAGAAAGUUCAUUCUGAAGGUCAAGCAACAGGAAACUCACAGAAGAUUCUGCACGUAAUAUGUGAUUGAGUAAUGGUUUCUAGAAGUAUGCAGUUGUAAGCAUAGUAGUAGUCAUCAUCAUCAUACCCAGUCUAUCCCGCUCUUAGGAAAAACUAGGGUCUGGGCAUAAUAGUAGUAGUAUAUAUAAAAAAAAGUCUAAUUGUCUUUUCUAGUCAUUCUGAUCAACAAGAUUGCCCCAAUUAAAUCUUCCUCUUGAGCAAAUUAGUGCUGAGAUUGAUGAUCCAACUCCAAGGUUUAGACCCUUUUAUAACAGAUUGCUUGAUUCGGCUCUUCUUCGCCUUUUCUCUUUUCUUGGUGUAGUCGCUUGUGUUGCUGCACUCUUGGCUGUUCUACAUACCGAGUAGUCAAGUACCGACUAAUCGGAAGUAGAAAUCUUCACUAGUGAAGGGGGCCUCAAUGCAUAACUUUACAACCUUAUUCCGCCACUACUUGACAUCGGGAUGGAAAGAGCUAAAUAUAGAAAGUUUCGAUCGUAUUACACCAAAUGCACAAGAAAAUCCUAAGAGUGAACCAUCAAUUAUCGGUCUUAACCUCUCUCGAACACCUCAAAAUGUGGAUAUAAAGGCUUAAAUAAGUGGUAGAAAAUACUCCUUUAUGCUUCAGGAAUAGUAACUUUUGACUCAAAAGCUCUCACAUAUGGAAAUAUUGUCUACUCCUCAACAUAUUAUAAGCCUUUUGUUUCCAUUCUUGCAUCGGAUAAGUCCCUAGGUAAACACUAUAAACAGUUAUCCAAGUUCCUACUCUACAUUUGUAUUGUUUUAUAACCACAAAUAAUUUUUUUCCUAUAGUUAUUAUUUUUUUCUAAUAAAACAUAACAUUAAUAAUCUUUCACAUUUGUUAUCU